AUGCAGCCGCCCCGGGACAAGGCCCACCGGGACAAGGCCCACCAGGACACAGCUGGGGACGCUCAGUGGACCAGGCCUGAGCGCCAGGCAUGGACGGGGACGCUGCUGUUGGGCACGUGCCUGCUGUACUGUGCCCGUGUCAGCAUGCCCAUCUGCACUGUCUCCAUGAGCCAGGACUUCGGCUGGAACAAGAAAGAAGCCGGCAUCGUGCUCAGCAGCUUUUUCUGGGGUUACUGCCUGACUCAGAUCCUGGGUGGCCACCUGGGGGACCGGAUCGGGGGCGAGAAGGUCAUCCUGCUGUCAGCCUCCGCCUGGGGCUUCCUCACCGCCGCCACCCCGCUGCUCGCCCACCUGGGCAGCGCCCACCUGGUCUUCAUGACCUUCUCACGCAUCCUCACUGGCUUGCUCCAAGGGGUUUACUUUCCUGCGCUGACCAGCCUGCUGUCACAGAAGGUCCGGGAGAGUGAGCGAGCCUUCAUCUACAGCACUGUGGGGGCCGGCUCCCAGUUCGGGACCCUGGUGACGGGGGCAGUGGGCUCCCUGCUCCUGGACUGGUGCGGCUGGCAGAGCGUCUUCUACCUCUCUGGCGGCCUCACCCUGCUGUGGGUGUGUUACGUGUACAGGUACCUGCUGAGCAAACAAGAUCUCAUCCUGGCCUUGGGCGUUUUGGCACAAGGCCUGCCGAUGGCCAGGCACACCAGGGUUCCCUGGAGACAGCUUUUCCGGAAGCUUUCUGUUUGGGCGGCCAUCUUCUCCCAGCUCUCAGCUGCCUGCUCCUUCUUCAUCCUGCUGUCCUGGUUGCCAACCUUCUUCAAGGAGACCUUUCCCAGCUCCCAGGGCUGGGUCUUCAACAUGGUGCCCUGGCUGGUGGCGAUUCCCGCCAGUCUGUUCAGUGGGUUUCUCUCUGACCAUCUCAUCAGUCAGGGUUACAGAACCAUCACCGUGCGGAAAUUCAUGCAGGUGAUGGGCCUGGGCCUGUCCAGCGUGUUUGCCCUGUGUUUGGGUCACACCUCCAGCUUCUGUAAGUCUGUGUUCUUUGCAUCAGCUUCCAUCGGCCUGCACACCUUCAACCACAGCGGCAUUUCCGUUAACAUCCAGGACCUGGCCCCGUCGUGCGCUGGUGUGCUCUUUGGUGUGGCCAACACAGCUGGGGCCUUGGCAGGUGUGGUGGGUGUGGGCCUGGGUGGCUACCUGAUUGAGACCACAGGCUCCUGGACGUCCGUGUUCUACCUGGUGGCCGCUGUCAGCAGCCUGGGGCUGUGCUCCUUCCUGGUGUUCGGGGAGGCCCGGCGGGUGGACCUGAGCCCGAGGCUGGAGGACCUCUAG